ACGGCUCGAAAUAGUAGCAUGUUCCGUGUUCUUGAGCGCAAUAAAAAGAAAUUGUAGUUGUUUUUUACAUCAAAUACUUAUAUUUAUAAAGCUUACGUUAUUUUAAAAUGGAAGUCACUGACGAAAAUCUCGCUACACUCGCUAAUUACCUUCAGCAGACACUAAACCCUGAUCCAAACAUUCGAAGACCCGCUGAGAAGUUUUUGGAGGGUGUAGAAGUAAACCAGAACUACGCCAUUCUCCUUCUCCACCUCAUUGACAAAGAUUCAGCUGAUCUAACAAUAAGAGUUGCAGCAGCAGUCACAUUCAAGAACUACAUCAAGCGUAACUGGGCUGUGGAAGAAGAUGGAAGGGAUUGCAUUCAUGCAUCAGAUAGGACAGCAAUAAAAUCCCUUAUAGUUUCGCUAAUGUUAAAAUCUCCAGAAGCAAUUCAAAGGCAGUUCAGCGAUGCAGUAUCUAUAAUUGGCAAAUCAGACUUCCCGGAGAAAUGGCCUGGACUCAUCACUGAAAUGGUUGAGAAGUUUGCUACAGGUGAUUUUCACGUCAUAAAUGGUGUGCUUAGAACUGCACACUCACUAUUUAAGAGAUACAGGUAUGAAUUCAAAUCACAAAAACUAUGGGAAGAAAUCAAGCAUGUUUUGGAAAAUUUUGCCAAACCGCUCACUGAUCUCUUUGUGGCCACCAUAGAUUUAACAACAAAGCAUGCAGACAACCCACAGGCAUUGAAAGUGAUAUACGGGUCUUUAGUGCUCAUAUGCAAAGUGUUCUAUUCUCUGAACUAUCAAGAUUUGCCAGAGUUCUUUGAAGAUAACAUGCCAAUAUGGAUGCCGAAUCUUUUGAAUUUGCUGCAGAUUAAAGUGCCUUGUUUGGAAACAAAUGAUGAUGAAGAUAAGCCUGGUGUUAUGGAACAGCUUCGUACGGAAGUCUGUGAGUGUGCCGCAUUGUAUGCCCUCAAGUAUGAGGAGGAAUUUGGUCCUCAUGCACCUGGCUUUGUGACAGCUGUCUGGAAUGUUCUUCUGUCAACUGGACCGCAGACUAAAUAUGAUGCAUUAGUGUCAAAUGCACUGAGGUUCCUAGCAAAAGUGGCGGAAAAGAACAGUUAUAAGAGUCUUUUUGAAGACCCAGCUACACUCAGCAGUAUUUGCGAGAAGGUGGUCAUACCAAAUAUGGAGUUUAGAGAGUCUGAUAUGGAAUUGUUUGAGGAUAACCCAGAGGAAUAUGUCAGGAGGGACAUUGAGGGUUCCGAUGUGGAUACUCGUCGCCGAGCUGCCUGCGAUCUCGUGAGAACGCUGGCGCAACACUAUGAGGAGAAGAUUAUGGCCAUAUUUGGACAAUAUGUUGAGCUGAUGCUGAAAAAGUACGAGGAGAGCGGCGGGCGCGAGUGGCGCAGCAAGGACACGGCGCUGUUCCUGGUGACGUCGCUGGCGUCGCGCGGCAGCACGCAGGCGGCCGGCGUCACGCGCGCCUCGCCGCUCGUCGACCUGGCGCACUUCGCCGGCGCGCACGUGCUCCCCGAGCUGGGGAAGCCGCAAGUAAAUGAGAUGCCAGUGUUGAAAGCAGAUUCCCUUAAAUACAUUAUGACAUUCCGAACUCUGUUACCAAAUGAUUUAUUAAUCACAUCACUACCUCUAUUGAUACAACACAUAAACGGUCGCGGCGUGGUUUGCACGUACGGCGCAUGCGCAGUGGAGAAGCUAAUAGCCGGUGGUAUGAUACCUCGGGCGGCGCUCGAACCCCACGCCCCCGCGCUCCUGAGCUCGCUGUUCACAGCGCUCGGCAACACCAAUGAUCCUACGGAGCAUAACGAAUAUGUUAUGAAAGCGAUUCUCCGCACACUGUCCUGCCUACGAGAGUCGUCGCUCACAUACCUGGGCGAGGCUCUGCCCAAGCUAGCCAGCCUGCUCGCCGUGGUCACCAAGAACCCUUGCAAGCCGCACUUCAAUCACUAUCUGUUUGAAACAUUAUCGCUUUCCGUAUCAUUAGUGGUGAAAUCAAACCCGAGUGCUAUCACGGCAUUUGAAGACGCGUUGUUCCCGAUAUUCCAAGAGGUGCUGCAGAAUGAUGUCCAAGAGUUCAUGCCGUACGUGUUCCAAAUGCUCUCCCUGCUGCUGGAGCUGCGCGUGGGUGUUACUGCCUCGUUUCUGACCAGCUCCAACAGUUCCGGCUCGACGGCAAUGCUGGGCGUGUUCCAGAAAUUGAUUGCUUCCAAAACGAACGAUCACGAGGGAUUCUAUCUGGUACAGACAAUGCUAUAUAAAUUCGGAACCACAGACAUGCAGCCGUACACAAAGCAAAUAAUGUCACUCCUGUUCCAACGUCUCUCGUCGUCGAAAACAACUAAAUACGUGCGCGGCCUGAUCGCCUUCCUGGGAUUCUUCGCGGCGCACUUCGGCGCCGACACUUUGAUUGAUCUCAUCGAUUCUAUACAGGCCAAUAUGUUCGCGAUGUACGUGGAGCGCGUGCUGAUCCCCGACUUGCAGAAGGUGGGCGGCGCGCUCGAGCGCAAGGCGGCGGCCGUGGGCUGCGUCAAGCUGCUCUGUGACAGCGCGCACUUCCGCCGCGGUGCGCUCGCGCCGCUCUGGCCGCCGCUGCUGCAGGCGCUGAUCUCGGUGUUCGAGCUGCCGGUGGACGAGUCGAGCCUGCCGGACGACCACUUCGUGGAGGUGGACGACGCGCCCGGCUACCAGCCGCAGUACGCGCAGCUGGCGUGCGCGCGCGCAGGCAACCAGGACCCGCUCGCCAGCAUAGAGGACCCGAAGCGCUACCUGGCGGAGAGCCUGGCGGCGAUGUCGCGCGCGUGCCCGGGCGAGCUGCCGCCGCGCGUGGCCGCGCUGGGCGAGCCGCACCGCCGCGCGCUGCUCGGCUACCUCGCCGCCUGCAGCGUGCAGCUCUGCUGAUGCGGGGACGUGGCGCUCCUCACCGGCCUCAAUUAGACCCGUGCGCGGCCAGAUUGACCAGGACAAGUGGUGGAUAUGUGGUGGGCUAACUCGAGCAAAGGACAAGUUGGUUGAGUCCGCUUGCUAAUCGACAUGGACUGAAUUAAUACAAUGGUCAUGAAUAAAUGGAAAAAAAUAAACGAGGAAACUGAUUUGUACAAUAAAAUAAGAAAUGAAAAUAACAAUUUGAACAAGAGAAACAUAAGAUGUAAAAUGAAGAAAUUUUAAUGUGAGUUCCCUGUUAUAGUCACUAUAAAUAUAUGACUCUAUGUGAUUUUCUUCAAAAGACCCGUCAUUUACAAUGUACGAUUUGCUAUUAAAUCUGCCACAUAAAAACUUGUGCUUCGUCCUAUUGGUCAACAGGUCAUGAGUGAUGGAUUUUAGUGCUGUGUUUUUAGUGCGAUACUGUUUUAAAAUUAUGAUAAUAUUGUAUUUUGCCAUUCAAUCUAUGUACCAUAAACCCUAUGUAGUGGAUUGAAAACACUUGUCAAUGAAACAAAAAAAAAUUGAUGUCACUAACGAAAUCAUACUGUGAAUGUAAUAUUUUCAUUAUAUACCUACUAAUAUACUUAACCACGUUAAAACAAUGUAAGCUUUUGUAAAAUUAACAAUUUGAUGGACUGAAUAGUUGUUAGUUUCCUAUUGGUCGCUAUAAUUGGCUGUUCUCUUAUUAUGAGCCGACGCAGAGCGUCGUUUCUAUGUUAUGUAUUUAAAUAGUUGCUAAUAGAAAGUUUCUAUGAGUCUCUUUUUAGAUUAGGGUGUUUAUAGGCUCUUUAUUUGUAUACUAGUGAAACGAGAAGAGGUAACGCUUGUAGAUUUUAUAUAUAUGUGAUAUGUAUAAAGAUAUCUUUCUAAUAGCAACUAUUAAUGAUGAGAAUGUAUGUCGGGAUUUGUCACUUGCUAGAUGUAAUUUUGUAUGAUACUGAAUAAACGUUUUCAUCUUUA